AUGUACAGAACUUUCCCAGGGGCAACUCAAUCCAACGGCUACAGCACGGCAGACCAACAAGUCGACGCUGGCUGGGGAUCAAAUUUUACAUAUGAACAGCAAGAACAACGCAAUUCCUCACAACCAACGGAGACUUUUACAUGUAAUUCCGAUAACCCAGCUACUGGAACAUCAAGUGAAGCUUCCACAGAGUACUUAACGUCGCCGCCUCUCUCCAGCUUCUCAGUUCUACUCAAGGACAACGGAGAGUUUAGAGACAGCCAGGAUUUUGGUUCUCGAAACGGCGAUAUCCCACAAUUCCAGUCUGGAAAUGAUAUCUACACUACCGGACUCGAUACGCCCAUGACGAACUUAGCGAUGCAAGAUGCGAUGGAACUGGUCAGUUUUAAACUGGGGCAACGCACAACGCCUACGCUGGCAAUUGGACAUGAAUCAGCUGCUGUGGAAACGGCUCAAGCCAAGCACUCAGCAAUGCCCAAGCUACGGAGUCUGGACUGCCCAACUUUCUCGAGUAGCGACGAUGACGACGUGAUAUCUUUCAGUGGGAUUCCCAUGACGAACAGUGUGAAUACAGGUCGCACUAUCGUUGAAAAUGAUCGUGGCUUUCGAAAGAAGUCGCGAGAAAAAAUGCGACGCCACGAGGUGAAUAUCAAGUUUGAAAUGCUCGUUAAUGUUCUGGGGCUCGCCAGUCGCGCUCGCAAGAAGAAUAUUCUGCACGAGGCAGCAUCUGCUAUCAAAGGCUUAAAAAGAGAGUGCAAUCAGCUGCGUCGUGAACGAGAUCGACUUCAGCAAGAAUUGAACAAUUUGGCUACAUAUCUACAGAGCACGGAAAGUGGAGGACCGUAUCUGACGUCAUAA